GUGCCCCGGAAGCAAAUGCCGCCGGACCCGGGAACCCUCCGCGGGGCGAUGGCGGUGUGGCGGCUGGGGCAGGCCCCCGCCCGCGCUGCUUGGAGGAGCGUCCUCGCGGUGCCCCUGCGCGCAGGUCCAGCGUCGGAAGUGGAAGCUGAAGCUGAUCGAAGAGCUCGAGUCCAGGGUCAUGGCCGAGCCCGUCCCUCUGCCCGCAGACCCGAUGGAGCUGGAGAACCUGGAGUACAGGCCCGUGAGGGUCCGCGGGCACUUUGACCACUCCAAGGAGCUGUACUUGAUGCCCCGGACCCUGGUGGACCCGGCCCGGGAGGCCCGGGCGGCCGGCCAGCUCUCCUCCUCGGUCCAGAGCGGCGCCCACGUCGUCACGCCUUUCCACUGCAGCGACCUGGGGGUCACCAUCCUGGUCAACAGAGGUUUCGUCCCUCGGAAGAAGGUGAACCCCGACACGCGGCAGAAAGGCCAGAUCGAGGGGGACGUGGAGCUCACUGGGAUCGUGCGGCUGGCCGAGACCAGGAAGCCUUUCGUCCCCGAGAACAACCCAGAAAGGAACCACUGGCACUACCGGGACCUGGAGGCCAUGGCCAAGGUCACAGGCACAGAGCCCAUCUUCAUCGACGCGGACUUCAAGAGCACAGUGCCCGGGGGGCCCAUCGGAGGGCAGACCCGGGUCACCCUGCGAAACGAGCACAUGCAGUACAUCGUCACCUGGUACGGACUCUGUGCGGCCACGUCCUACCUGUGGGCAAAGAAAUUCCUGCGUGGGACUCGGGGCACGUGACACCGUCGGCCAGGGCACCCCGAGUUGAGGGGGUCCAGUCUCAUGCCGGCCAGUCGUGUGAAUAAACCCCUGGCUGCUA